CGUACUUGUCAUAAUUCAAUCAGAAUUAAUGGCAUUGAAGAAUAUUUAUAGAAGAAGUGUUGCAAGUGAUGGGAAACUUGAAAUGAGUUUGCAAGAAUUCAAGAAAUGGCUAAAGAGAUUUGAUACAAACAAUGAUGGGAAAAUAAGCAAAGAACUUCAAGAAGCUGUAAGGGCAAAUGGUGGUGGUUGGUUCAGUAGGCUAAAGGGCAGUCGUGGCAUAAAAGUUGCAGAUGCUAAUGGUGAUGGAUAUAUUGAUGAGAAUGAAUUUAACAACCUUGUUGAAUUUGCACAGAGAAAUUUAGGUGUGAGAAUUGUAUCAUAUGUUAAAAUAAAAAAGCAACCUCUGUAUCCACAUUUUUCUCUCUCCUCCCUCCUUCUCCCUCCCUUCUGCUCUCAAUAUCGCUGUCGGAGCUCUGGCGAACGAGCUCCGGUCACUGCUCCCUCAUCGUCACCACUGCUUCCUGCGAAAGCCAGACGGAACAUUGUAGGGAUAUUUCUUGUACCUGGAAUACUUAUAGAAGAAGAAUUGCAAGUGAUGGGAAACUUGAAAUUAGUUUGCAAGAAUAAGCAAAUUGAUACAAACAAUGAUGGGAAAAUAAGCAAAAAAGAAUUUCAAGAGGCUGUAAGGGCAAAUGGUGGUUGUAAAGUUCAAAGGCUAAAGGGCAGACGUGGCAUAAAAGCUGCAGAUACUAAUGGUGAUGGAUAUAUUGACGAGAAUGAAUUUAACAAUCUUGUUGAAUUUGCUCAGAGGAAUUUAGGUGUGAGAAUCGUAUCAAACUAUUAA